CUAUUCAUUUGGUUAUUCUGUUUCAUUGUAUUCAAUCUGCUCUCAUUUCAUUCAAUCAUAUGCAAGUCUCGCACGGUUUUUUGAGGAGCAUAGAGAAAAAGAAUGGCAUAUAAGGUGGAUCACGAGUACGAUUACUUAUUCAAGAUUGUCUUGAUUGGUGAUUCGGGUGUCGGAAAAUCUAACAUUCUUUCUAGAUUCACCCGGAAUGAGUUUUGUUUGGAAUCUAAAUCCACCAUUGGAGUCGAAUUCGCUACACGGACUCUCCAGGUUGAGGGGAAGACGGUGAAGGCACAAAUAUGGGAUACAGCCGGUCAGGAGAGAUACCGAGCCAUCACAAGUGCUUACUACAGAGGAGCAGUAGGUGCGUUUUUGGUUUAUGAUAUAACAAAGAAGCAAUCGUUUGAAAACGUGAUGAGGUGGCUUCGUGAGCUAAGGGACCAUGCGGAUGCCAACAUCGUCUUGAUGUUGACCGGAAACAAAUGUGAUUUGAACCAUCUUAGAGCCGUUUCAGAGCAUGAUGCUCAAGCGUUGGCUGAGAGAGAAGGGCUUUCGUUCCUAGAGACUUCUGCGCUCGAUGCACAUAAUGUCGAGAAGGCGUUCCAGUCGAUAUUGCUUGAUAUCUAUCAUGUAGUGAGCAAGAAAGCCUUGGCUGCCCAAGAAGCAGCCUCUUUUGUUCCUACUGGCACCGCUAUUAGUGUUGAGAAUAAUACUUCCAAGGGGAAUUGUUGUUCUCGUUAAGUGUAUGUUCUUUUUUAACAUGUUUUGGUACUUGAAAAAGGCACUUGGCGUGACGUUUUGGUGGUAAAUUUGUCGCGCAUUUGCAAGCUUGAGCCUUGUGUUUAACACAAGAAAACAAAAGAGAGAGUAAGGGGAGGAAGGAUUGCUUAGAGCAUUGGGCUUUUUUUUGUAAGU